UUAACCACUUGUUGAUACUCAAGAGCUCUACCUUCCAAGCUUGGGGCCCCCAGCAGACUCUCUCGCUCACCUGUCCCUCCAGGCGCGGCCCCGGGGAGCUCCGGAGACGCCCCCGGUACCGCUGACCCCCUAACUUGGCAGCCAUGAGCAAGUUGGGCAAGUUCUUUAAAGCGAGAGGCUCUACUAAGAGCCGAGCUGCUCCCAGCCCCCAGGAGGCCCUGGCCCGACUUCGGGAGACUGAGGAGAUGCUGGGCAAGAAACAAGAGUACCUGGAAAAUCGAAUCCAGAGGGAGCUCACCCUGGCAAAGAAGCACGGCACGCACAAUAAGCGAGCGGCAUUAGAGGCACUAAAGAGAAAGAAGAGGCUUGAGAAGCAGCUCACUCAGAUUGAUGGCACACUUUCCACCAUUGAGUUCCAGAGAGAGGCCUUGGAAAACUCGCACACCAACACUGAGGUGUUAAGGAAUAUGGGCUUUGCAGCGAAAGCGAUGAAAGCAGUUCAUGAAAACAUGGAUCUGAACAAAAUAGAUGAUUUGAUGCAAGACAUCACAGAGCAACAGGAUAUCGCCCAAGAAAUCUCAGAAGCAUUUUCUCAACGGGUUGGAUUUGGUGAUGGCUUUGAUGAGGAUGAGUUGAUGGCAGAACUUGCAGAACUGGAGCAGGAGGAAUUAAAUAAGAAGAUGACAAAUAUUCGACUUCCAAAUGUGCCUUCUUCCUCCCUCCCAGCACAGCCCCAGAGAUUGCCAAGCACGUCCUCCACCGCACAUCGAUCCCGAGCAGCAUCUUCUAGGAGAACAGAAGAUGAUGAUGAUAUCAAACAAUUGGCAGCUUGGGCUACUUAAAUUAAAAUGGAAUUUUUUGACGCCUAAAUGAAUGAGCUAGACAUAAAGACAUAUAAAAAAAUUGCCAAGUUCAGAAGUUAACGGAGACCCUGCUUUAUCUUUGUACUGAAUGAAUAAUUGCCUCUUAAGCCUCAUGAGUAAAAGCUCAAAAGGAGUGGUGUGUAGACAUGGAAUCAGGGAUGGGAAGACACUUUCUGGUAGCAUCUUAAAGGACCCUUCCAGACUUAGAGGAGAGGCCAUGUCUACCUUCCUAUUCCAGUCUUGGCACAUACUUGGUGUGCACUACAUGCUUGUUGAAAGAAAACUGAAUUCCACUAACAUAAGACAUAUCACAGUUUAUAACCCAUUUAGGAGUGAUAUGCUUGAGAUUGCUGGGCAAAAUAACUUCCUUUUCUAAGUGAAUGCAAGUUUGCUGUGUGGAUUCAUGUUGGAAGAGACGUAGGCCAAGAUAAAUGUAAAUGCACAGUGUCUCCUGUAGGGAAGUCUUGUGCAAGUCUAUACAUAAACAGUUUCACUUGAGUUUAGCAGUUUAAAAUCUUAAAGGAGCUUUAAUUGACAUUUAUUAUGCCAGUUAAGCUUGAAAUGGGGCAAUGGAUUCAUUUCCUAAAAUGUCUGAAAGCACUAACAGCUUACACUGCUGAGCAAGAAUCUCCUGGGUGUAAUUUAGCCACUUAGGGAGCGACGUUAACACUCCCUGGCCAUUAUGGUGCUGUUAUGGCUUCAGCGUACUAAAUGUGUGAGUGUGUUCAUUCUUUUCUGUUUUGUCCUCUCUUGUUCCUUUAUUUACACUUUAUAGCAUAUUCCUUGUAAAUACAUAAAAAUAUAGCCAAUUAAAAGUAAGUCUUGAAUAAGAUUUUGACAUAAUUAUUUUAAAUUAAAAUAAAUUACAAAAAUAUUUAUGCACUGCCCGUAAUAUAUUGUGCACACCACAAUGACAAAAUAUCACGAUAUAAAAGGUUAUAACAGUCCCUCAAUGUGCUUAGCAAUAUAAUGGAGUAGAGAGAGCACUGGACCAGCACUAAUGAGUCCUGAAUUCCAGCCCCUGCUCUGUACUGACAUAGUAAGACAGGCAUGUCACAAACUCUCCGGGCCUUUGUUUCUUCAUUGGGAAAUCUGAAUGUUGGACUUGAUCCCUAAGGGGUCCAUUCUGCCACAGGCCUUUUGCAUAUGCUAUUCUGCUUGGCAGUCUUUCCCAUCUACAAUACAGAUAACAAAUCUUAUUUAUUCCUUAAAUCUUAGUUCAAAUGUCUCUUCUUUUGGGAGACAUCUCCCUGAUUGCCUAAACUAAUUCACUUAUCCCCAUUAAAUGCUUUCGUAGCCCUCUGCUUUCCUUCAUAUCACUUAUUAUUGUUUAUAAUUACAUAUUUGCUUGAACAAUUACUUAGUUAUUGUUGAUCUUCCCUGCUAGACCAUUUUGACCAUGACAGCAGGGACUGUGUCUCUUUUAGCUCAGUAGUGCACUCCCAGCACUCAACAUAGUUUCCCCGAUAUAGGAGGCAUUCAAUAAAUAUGUGUUAAAUGAAUGGCUAUUAAAUUUUUGGUGGGGCCAUAAUAGAACAAUAGGGAGCAGAUUUACCUUCCUACCUUCAAAUAACUAGAGCACUAGACGAAAUAUAUGAAACAAUUUCAAGACAUUGGAAAGCAGGCAACAGGCAAUGCUGGAUUGUGAUUCCUGAGAGAAGGGAAACAAGUAAAAUGAGGCCUUUGUGUGUCACAGCUUUGCCUUCUCAGGGAAGGAGAACCCAAAGAGUCUGGCAGUUGUGCUGAGCCGAGGAAAAUUUGUGGGGUUGAAUUCUGGAAAGGAGAGAGUUGCACAGAGAGAGAACUCUGGAGAUCUGUAGAGGAGUCCCCUCAAGUCUUUGGCUGAGAACUGAUCUGCUUGUGUGUACGAGGCAAGUACCAAAACCAGGAAGAACCACUGGAAACAGUAAGCAGAUCAGUCCCCAGAGCUCAAACAGGGCCACAGAUAGUUUGUUUCCCAUCAGCCAGAGUAGAAAGUCCUCCUAAUACAUGGGGCAUUGGGUUGAGUCCUCAGAAGGGCGUUGCUUCAGUAGUGGGGUCAAAUAGCUUAGACUAUAGGCUUCUCUGGAUCUCCCCUAAAAAGCGUAAAAGCAAGCCUCAAAAGGAUCAGAUGUUUUAAGUAACUUAACUGCAUUCCAGAACAAAGCCCACCAAUAUUUAAAGGAAUUAAAAAAAAAAAAAAAAAAAAUCAAGCAGCAGCAACAAAAACAACAAAACUCCUAGCACCCAAUAGCAUAAAAUUCAUAAUC